AUGCCGUCCUUCAGAGAGUUCGUCGUUGUCGCCGUCGUGUGGACAAGCCUCGUCAUCGGCUGCGCGUCGCAGGGACGGCGUUUGAAAGUGAACCCGGAACUGCUGGUCAAGUCGUGGGUGCCGUUCCCUGCGCUGGGCUUCGCGGUGGACCGCUGUCGCAGCAGCCUGAACCGCACGGGACGCUGCCUGGCCCUGCCGGACUGCCGUUUCUCCAGGGGCAUCCGCGAGGGAGAGUGCGCGGACGGGUUCGGCGUCUGCUGCGUCUACGAGGCUGCCGACAGCGUGGCUACAACUCUGUCCAACAACUCGUACUUCGUCCAACCGGAAUUUCCACGGCCGUACAAAGGAGGGAAGAACGUGUCCCUCACCGUGACCCUACCGGCCGGGAUCUGCCAGGCCCGUCUGGAGCUCGAGCAGUUCGCUCUGCAGCCCCCGCUGCAGGGAGCCUGCAGCCAGGAUUACCUCCAGGUGUCUCUGAACGGCAGCGACACGUACGUUCCAAAGUUAUGCGGGGAAAACGCUGGGCAACACGUGGUUCUCCAUACUGGAGACUCGGAGGAGCAAAGCCUGUUGACGUUAAAGGUCUCUCUACUUCAACUGGGACCGGAGCGGGUCUGGGCCAUCCGCAUCGUACUCUUCGCCUGCGGCGAUCCGAAUCUGGCUCCACAAGGCUGCUUUCAAUUCCACCGAGGCUGUCGGGGUUCCUUCCGAAGUUUCGGCUUCGCGCAGGACUCCUCGGCGGGGUCGCUGAGCGGCCUGAGCUACGCCAUGUGCAUCGCUCGACCCGUCUGGCUCCAGGCAUUGUCCCUCAAGUUGAGAACGCUGUCGACUGCUCCGCCGACGGAUAUGGCGACGCACUGUCAGUCUGACUUUGUUCAGCUGCCGGCCGGGUUCGACAGCAGGCGGGGACUGGCGGCACCGGUGCGCCUCUGUGGGGGCAACGCGACUCUGGCCCUUCAUCUGUCCGUGCAAGGUCCGCUGGUGUUCUACGUUGUGAGCGGUCAGGGCUCCAACCCCAACAUGCAGUUCGAAAUCUUCUACAGUCUAUACCCGUGUUCCUGA